UGUUCCCCUCAUUUUGAGCAUUGGAGAAGAGAAAUGGCCAAAUACCAGCUUUUGUUGUUGGCUUUCUUGUCCCUGGUUGCCAUGAAACCCCAAAUAGUUUUCGGUAAUUUUCAGGAGGAUAUGGUGUUUAAUUGGGGUGCACCACACUCAUCCAUUUUCAACAAUGGACAGAAUAUGCAGCUUCAACUUGACCGUUAUUCUGGGUCUGGAGUUCAAACAAAUAAACAGUUCCUCUUUGGUAGCAUUGAGAUGCACAUCAAAUUAGUGCACGGAAACUCAGCAGGCACAGUCACCGCUUAUUAUUGCUCAUCUACAGGCCCUAAGCAUGAUGAAAUCGACUUUGAAUUCUUGGGAAAUUCAAGUGGGCAUCCCUAUAUAAUCCACACAAAUGUUUACACGCAAGGUAUUGGCAGCCGGGAGGAGCAGUUCUACCCAUGGUUCGACCCAACUGCAGACUUCCACAACUACACAAUCCACUGGAAUCCUAGUCAGAUAGUGUGGUUUAUCGACGGACUGCCCAUCAGGGUUUUCACCAACAACGAAGCAAUCGGGGUGCCAUUCCCUAACGAGCAAGCCAUGAGGGUCUACUCAAGCAUAUGGAAUGCAGAUAACUGGGCCACAAGAGGUGGGCUUGUCAAGAUAGAUUGGACCAGAGCCCCCUUCAUAGCCCGGCUUAGCCGGUUUAACCCACGGGCCUGUGAAUGGACUGGGCCCAUAAGCCUGACGGCUUGUGGCUCCAAUUCCCCAGCUAAUUGGUGGACAAAACCAACUUAUCAUAAGCUAAGUUACAGCCAAAUGGGUCAGCUAAAGUGGGUCAGAGACAAUUUCAUGAUAUAUGAUUACUGCAAGGAUACAAAGAGGUUUAAUGGCCGCAUGCCUAGAGAGUGCUCCAAACCCAUAAUCUAAGGACAGAAACCAGACCACUCCACAACAAGAGACCAAUCUGUUCAUUGGAUAAUAAUAACCCUCAUUUUUCAUAAAUGAGUGAAAUGGCCCCAUUUCCAAAGGUCAAAAUGUGCUUAUGGACUGUUAUCAGUAAUCCAGAAGCAAAUGAAGGAAACGUUGGAUAAUUUUAGGGGUCAUUUGGUUUUUCUUUUAUUCGUUUACUUCCGUUUAGUUCCAAUUGAUGAGCUUUCGGUUCCAGUUGGUGGGCUUUCAGUUCCAGUUGGUCGGAUUUCCCAUCAUUUUGCUAUGCAAAGAA